UCGACAAGAUGUUGCUCAACCGCCAGCUCAGUGUUAUUUUACAAAUCGGCUUGUUAUUGUUUGUAAUCAGCUGUGUGGAUGCCCAAUAUGCUCUCCGGGAUCAAACGGCACCCAAGCAGUGCGCGCGAUUUGGAGAAUAUUGUCAAACCCACUUGGAUUGCUGUACCAAGAUAUGCUUGACUUACUUGUAUCGCUGCACAAGAAGCUAUAGCAAUAUCUAUCCGUAUCCAUUUCUUAGUCCGCAAUACGAGCAACCCGGCUAUAAUAGCUAUACGGACGUUCUGGAUAACACAUUCGGUGAAUAUCAACCGAAUGUAGUCACUUAUGGACGACAAACGAGAGCUAUUGAAGAUCAGGUUAAAAUUGUGGCCAUCGACGCAGCUGGCGAUAAAGAAAGUAGCAGUGAGUCAGCGGCGAAAGUGACUGAGACGGAUGCUUAUGAAACUAUCACCGAAGUUGCUGCAAAUACUGAACAACCAACUGAAAGCAGCAAUGCCAUCGAACCUGAAGACUCUGAUACCCGUCAACAAUGCAAGGCAGUGGGCUCUAAAUGCUACCGAAAUGAGGAAUGCUGCACAGUACGCUGCCAUGGCUUUCUGCAUCAGUGUGUCACCUAAAAUCCAUUUUAAAUAUUUGUAUUUACUUACGCAUUACCUGCCAAAUAAAUCAAACAUACAUUUCUUUUAAAAAAUA